AUGCACCGCUCGGACACCCUCACAAAAGACCUGGCGGAUGCCGAUGCUUCAUGGUGGGAGGUCGCCACUAAAGGCUCUAGCAACAAGAGAGGGUUGGGAGGAGGAGUCAUGGUGACAAGCCCCGAAGGAUUCAAGGUAUAUUAUGCCUUGAUAUACCGGUUCUCCCCAACCAACAACGAUGCGGAAUACGAAGCUUUCAUCGCAGGACUGCAACAUGCAAAGGACCUUGGAGCGGAGUACAUCAAAGCCCGAACGGACUCGUCCCUGGUCGUAGGACAAGUCCUCGAGGUAUUCCAAGUUAAUGGUGAACGUCUGAGCCGUUACCGGGACAUGGCCCUCGAGAAGCUCAGCACCUUCAAGGCGUAUGCGGUGAAACACGUUCCCCGGCUGGACAAUGCGGACGCGGAUAUCCUCUCUAAGCUAAGUCUGGAAGCCCCGGAGCAUAUCUCGAAAGUUGUUCGGGUUCUUGUCAUACCGACUCUGACUAUCGACCACCACCGGGUGAUGCUUGUCCAACCGCGCGAGGAAAAUUGGAUAACUGACAUCAUGAGGCAUUUGGAGGAUGGACGAUUGCCGCAAGAUGAAGCAAGAGCACGCAAGGCGAAACUCCGCGCUCCAAGAUUCCAAGUGACGGACAGCCGCCUCUAUCGACGAUCAUACGGAGGGCCAUUGAUGAGAUGUGGUGUUACAAGAUGUCUGAUUGACUUUGAAGCCAAACUUGUCAUGGACGAAUUGCACUCAGGGCUUUGCUCUUCACAUCAGGGAUGGAGGUUCCUCGCACGACAAAUCAUGCUGAUCGGAUAUUAUUGGCCCUCCGUACAACUCGACUGCGAGAAGCUAACGAUAGAAUGCGAGACCUGCCAAGUCUUUGCAAAGAUGCCCAGCAGACCCGCCACGUUCUAUCACCAGGUCAGCACAGCCAUCCCCUUUGAAAUGUGGGGAGUAGACAUCGUCGGACCAUUUCCCCAGCUCUCUGGGCACCGCAAGUUCAUAAUAGUCGUCAUCGAUUAUUUCUCCAAGGGGGUCGAGGCGGAACCCCUGGCCACCAUCACAUCGCAGCAAUGUACUCGUUUCGUUUGGCGAAACGUAGUAUCCCGGUUCUGGGUGCCCGUCCAGAUCGUCACCGACAACGGAAAACAAUUUUAG